AUGGAUGAUCAAGGAAGAUUGAUUAGAAUUAAUGAUGAAAAUGGAAAGCCACUUGGAUUGUUUGCUGAUGAGGGAAGUGUGAAUGAAACUCAUCAAGUGGUGAUUAGUGAGUGGAAUGAUAGGGAAAUGAUUUUUUCACAAUCGAUGGAUUUGAAGGAAAGAAAAUUUUUGAAAUUCAAGUUGAAUCAGAAAAAGGUGGAAGAAUCGUUUGUGGAAAGGGUUCAUGUUGAAGUUUCUCAUCAACUUUCGCAUAGCCUUUAUCGUGCUGAUCAUCCAUUGAAUGUUCCUGUAAUUGGUAAAGCUCAGAAUGUUCUUUUAACACAUCUGGCAUUUGAUAGAUUUUCUCAAAAGAGUAAUUUAGCAAUUUUCAACAUUGAAAAGAAUGAAAAUCAUUCAUUGAAAAUUAGUCAAAAAUUCUCCACCGAGGAAGACACCCACGCUUUCUAUAUUGCCCUCAUGGAGAGUAAUCUAGGUCAGAAAUAUAUUCUAAAAUAUGCCUUUCAAAAACCUUCCUAUUCAUCCAUUGGUUAUGUGAGUUUGAAUAACACCAAAAAGUUCUCAUAUACUCCAAUACGAGUGGAUGGUUUUGAGGGAAUAUUUCAGAAGAAUACCUGCAAGAUGAGCCAAAUUUUGUGUCAUACUCAAUUGAGUGAAGGAAAGUAUCUAUUCAUGACAUAUUCGAAAUCAUCCAAAAGAAUCAGUUCUGAUUUCCAACAUUAUUUCACAAAUGAAAUUGUUUGGAUAUUAGUAGAUGUCAAUGAGAAGAGAACCAAAAGAGUUUAUCCAAGAGUUUAUAACAUUGCAGCCAAUACAACAACAGGUCACGAAAGAACAUUUCUAAAUCAGUCGAAUCAAGACGAAACCAGCUUUCAAACAGUGCAAAAGAAGAAGAGAGGUGGAAAAAUUCAAAAGAAAUUCCACACUGAUGAAGAACAUUUAUAUUUGGACGGUGAUUUGAAUGGUGGCUAUUCAGAUUCUUCUCUUUUAAAGAAAAUUAAUGGAAUUACAAAUUCUUCAAUUGACCAAACAUCCACAUCCGUCAUGAUUCCAAUCUUGAAAGAAGAUAUCACCAAUAAUGAUGUAACCAUGAGAGCGUUUAGACCAUUUUUCAGUAAUCCAGAUAUUUUCCAAGUAUUAGUUUUCUUUUCCAAGGUUGUGGAAGAUGGUGUUGAUUUCAAUCCUCAUUUUGGUAAAAUGUUUAGUUACUUCUUCCAGUUCAAGAAUGAAACUAAGGUAAAGGUAAGAAAGGUUGGAAGAAGAUUCUCAGAUGUUAAUAUUAUCACAUGCUCAACAAGCAAAGUAGGAACAGCUGGUGGUAGUAAUAGACAGUUUAGUAAAGUGUUGGCCUUUCAAUGA